AUUAUCCCAAAACACACAACACAAGAAUUGUGGAGAAAAAAGUAAGAAUAAUUACAGCAAGCAAGAAAGUAGCAAGUUUUGAAGAAUAUACCACGGAUAGAUUAGACAAAUAGUACUCCUCCUCCAUCCCCAAUGAGUGAGUCAAUUGACUGCGUCACGCAUACCAAUGUAUAACUUUGACGAUUAAUAUUUUUAAUUGUAUAAAAAUAUGAUACAUGAAUGACUCACUCAUUUUGGGACGACGGUGAUAGUAUUUAGUUAGGUUUAGGUCCACCAUUAUUACCACAUUACCAUUACAAACAUUUUCUCAAAAACCUACCCUCUCAUUAGUCUCAUUCAUUUCAUCACUCUUCUCAGAUUCAACUAUGCGCUGUCGUUUCCCAUUUCAUCAAACACUCUCUCUUCUUCUUCUUCUUCUUCUUCCUCACUCUCUCUAAUGAACCACCACCACCACCACCACCACCACAACAACAACCAUGAACAACCACCACACAACACUCCUGUUCUUCCUCUUCCUCCUCUCACCAUCUCUAAUCCUCACAACAACCCACCCAAACGACCUUAAAAUCCUCAACGACUUCAAAAACAACCUAGACAACCCCGAACUCCUACAAUGGCCUAAAAACAACAACGACCCAUGUGGUCCCCCUUCUUGGAAAUUCAUCUUCUGCGACGGUGACAGAGUCUCACAAAUUCAAACUAAAAACUUGAACCUUUCUGGUACCUUACCACAAAAUCUAAACCAACUUCCACAACUCUUCAACUUGGGUCUUCAAAACAACAAACUCCACGGUCCAUUACCGUCGCUAAAAGGGUUAUCAAAUCUCAAAUAUGCUUAUCUUGAUAACAAUGAAUUUGACACUAUCCCUUUUGAUUUCUUUGAAGGUUUAUCUAGUUUAGAGAUUCUUGCAUUGGAUAACAACAAUCUCAAUGUUACUUCAAAUGGGUGGCAAUUUCCUUCUUCUUUAAUGGAUUCACCUCAGUUGAAAACUUUAUCUUGUAUGACUUGUAAUUUGGCUGGUGUUUUACCGGAUUUUCUUGGAAAAAUGAACUCUCUUUCGUAUUUGAAACUUUCCGGUAACAGUUUAUCCGGUGAGAUUCCGGUGAGUCUUAAUGGUUCUGGUUUGCAGACUUUAUGGUUGAAUAAUCAAAAGGGUGAGUUACUUUCUGGGAAUAUUGAUGUUGUUGCUACUAUGGUUUCUCUUACUAGUUUAUGGCUUCAUGGAAACAGGUUCACCGGUUCGAUUCCGGAGAAUAUUGGUGACUUGGUUUCUCUAAAAGAUCUUAAUCUUAAUGGUAAUGAACUUGUUGGACUUGUUCCUAAGUCUUUAGGUGAUUUGGAAUUGGAUAAUCUUGAUUUGAAUAAUAAUCGGUUUAUGGGUCCGAUUCCGAAUUUUAAAGCUUCUAAAGUUUCUUAUAGUAAUAAUGAUUUUUGUUUGAAUCAAACUGGUGUUAGUUGUUCUUUUGAAGUUAUGGCUCUUUUGGGUUUUCUUGGUGGGUUGAAUUAUCCUUCAAAUUUAGUUGAUUCAUGGAUUGGGAAUAACCCUUGUGAGAGUUGGUUGGGGAUAAAAUGUAAUACUGAUGGUAAAGUUUCUAUGAUUAAUAUGCAGCAUUUUAAACUUAAUGGUACUUUAAGUCCUUCUGUUGCAAAUUUAGGUUCUUUAGCUGAAAUCAGAUUGGGGGGUAAUAAUCUCAAUGGUGUAGUGCCUAGUAAUUGGACUGGAUUGAUGAAGUUGAAUUUGUUGGAUCUGACUGACAAUAAUAUUUCGCCUCCUAUGCCGGUUUUCAGUAAUGGAUUGAAACCUAUGGUUGACGGGAAUUCUCUGUUGAAUGGUGGCGGCUCAGACAGUCCUUCGUCGGGGAAAAAUGGUACAUCGGGUGGAUCUGGGAAUAUUGGUGGAGAUACACAUGGACACUCGAAUUCAAGUUCAAGUGAUUCGGUUGAAACGAAACAGUCCAAAAGGAAAGGGCUGGUUUUGAUUGUAGCUCCCAUUGCUGGUGUAGCGGCUGCUGCUUUUCUGUUGAUACCGCUUUACGUGUAUUGUUUCAGAAGGACAAAGGAUGGCUUCCAGGCUCCAAGUUCACUUGUAGUUCACCCUAGAGAUCCAUCUGAUUCGGACAGUACUGUAAAGAUAGCUAUUGCUAAUGGAAGUGUUUCCACUUUGACAGGGAGUGGAAAUGGUAGUAGAAACAGCAGUGCAAUUGGCGAUUCUCAUGUCAUUGAAGCUGGAAAUCUUGUCAUAUCCGUUCAAGUUCUAAGAAACGUGACAAAGAAUUUCGCCCCUGAGAACGAGCUCGGCCGCGGUGGAUUCGGAGUUGUUUAUAAGGGAGAGUUGGAUGAUGGGACUAAGAUUGCGGUUAAAAGAAUGGAAGCUGGUGUGAUCACCAAUAAAGCCUUGGAUGAAUUUCAGGCGGAAAUUGCAGUUUUGUCGAAAGUUCGACAUCGACAUCUAGUGGCCCUUAUUGGUUAUUCCAUUGAAGGUAAUGAGAGGAUUCUAGUGUACGAGUAUAUGCCACAAGGUGCUCUCAGUCAGCAUCUUUUCCAUUGGAAGAGCUUUGGACUUGAGCCUCUCUCUUGGAAGAGGAGGCUUAAUAUUGCAUUGGAUGUUGCUAGAGGAAUGGAGUAUCUUCAUACUCUUGCUCACCAGAGCUUCAUUCAUAGAGAUCUUAAGUCCUCAAAUAUUUUGCUUGCCGAUGAUUUUAGAGCUAAAGUCUCAGAUUUUGGAUUGGUAAAACUUGCUCCUAAUGGCGAAAAAUCUGUAGUGACCAAACUUGCUGGAACCUUUGGAUACUUGGCUCCAGAAUAUGCAGUGACUGGAAAAAUCACUACCAAAGUAGAUGUUUUCAGUUUUGGGGUUGUGCUAAUGGAGCUGUUGUCUGGAUUGAUGGCACUUGAUGAGAGUAGACCUGAGGAAAGCCAAUACUUGGCGGCAUGGUUCUGGGAUAUAAAAUCAGAUAAGAAGAGACUAAUGGCUGCUAUUGACCCAACCCUCGACAUAAACGAAGAAACAUUCGAGAGCGUCUCAAUUAUUGCCGAGCUAGCCGGACAUUGCACGGCUAGAGAACCAAACCAAAGGCCAGAAAUGGGUCAUGCUGUCAAUGUUCUUGCACCACUUGUUGAAAAAUGGAAACCGUUCGACGAUGACCCCGACGAGUAUUCCGGCAUCGAUUAUAGUCUUCCCCUCAAUCAAAUGGUGAAAGGAUGGCAAGAGGCUGAAGGAAAGGACACAAGUUAUAUGGACCUAGAAGACAGCAAGAGUAGUAUCCCCGCAAGACCUACUGGAUUUGCAGAUUCUUUUACUUCGGCUGAUGGCCGGUGAAACAAAUGGUUUGUUUGUUGUUUUGUUGAGUGUUCCUAUUUUAUUUAUUUUUACUUUCACCUUCUUUUUAUCUUUCAUUAGGUUUAGAUAGCAUGCUAUGCUCUUUCUGUCUAAAAAUGCUAAGGCAAAAUGUGAGUACUACUACUGCCAGUGGUGUAAUAGAGUUUGAGUAAGAGAUUUCAUAUGCACUUGAAAAAAAUGAAAUCUAAUUUGUAUGCUUUGUAUUUUCUACUAUGACAUUUAAGGUUUAAUGGUUGUAGAUAGUGGAGCCACAAUCAAUGAAAAUGCUUGUAAUUUUUUUCAUUCA